CGGCAAACAACCAACAUCAACGCGACUGUCUACUCGACAACAGCGGCAGCAAGGUACCUAACCCACACGCUACGGCGCCCACCACCCAACUAUUACCCUCCGCGUCCCACCCCCCCUACAAUCCCAACAAUGCCCGCGCGGCCAAUCACACCUCACCGCGCUCGCCCUCCGCACAUGGACCAUCACCCGUCGCCAUCAUCUGCAGGGCCAUCACAUACGCCAGUAGCGGCACAGACGGAAGAUGAAGACGGCGGCGAUGAGAACGUCUUCCGAGACAUGACGUUUGAAGAGGUCCUCGAGGACCUCAACGCCCGCUUCCUCGUCAACCUCCCAGAACAAGAGACGAGCCUCGUGCGCGUCUACUGGCAGGCAGAGCAGGCCCACUGGUUCUACGAAGACUACAUCAGACCGCUCAACCCCUUCCUCCCGUCUCUAUCCCAGCGGCAGUUUACGCAUCUCAUCAUCGAGUCGUCGCCGCUGUAUGCCAACUCGGCCAUCGACUAUGACGCCAUAUGGGAAGAGUACUGCGCGUACAAGAAGAUGGUGCCAUGCUGCGGCGGCAUCAUCAUCUCGGCCAACGGGGACAAGGUGCUCAUGGUGCGAGGAUGGAAGUCGAACGCUGGCUGGUGCUUUCCCCGAGGCAAGAUCAACUCGGAAGAAUCCGACAUGGACUGUGCGAUCCGAGAAGUUGAAGAAGAGACAGGCUACGACAUGUCGGGAAAAGUCAACGAGAAGGACUUUAUCAAGACGCAGAUCAGCGCCCAGGAGGUGACCAUGUUCCUUGCCAAGGGCGUCGACGAGUCGACAGUGUUCGAGACACAGACCCGCAAGGAGAUUGGUGCGAUCGAGUGGAUCCCAUUCUACGACUUGCCGACCUGGACCAACAAGAAGGGACCAAAGCGCACCGGUGGCAAGGGACAGAAGAAGUUCUACAACGUCACGCCGUUUGUCGGCCCACUCAAGAAGUGGCUGGCAAAGAACGGCAUCAACCCGUACCCACCCAGACCUAAAGAGAAGCAGCAGCACACCAACAACAUUCCUGGGUCGGCUGGCAAGCAGGGCAAGGAGCGCCACCUGCAGCCCUUUGCGUUUGACGACACGCAUGCCGCCGCUCAGCAGCCUGCGACUGCAAUCGACCAUCUCUUUGCCAAGUUUAUCCAGAAGGACGAGGGUGUCCUGGCACUGGAAAGCGACAAUGCCCGCAAGCUCGACCAGCUGUUCUCAAACCUGGAGCCAAAGAGCGCCGAGCAGCAAGCACAGGAGCGCAAGGAGGAUGACGCGUUAGCGAGUCUUCUCAGCGGUCUGUCAACCGUGGCUGCGCCAGCACCACCACAGCACGUCUCUGCACCCCCGGCCGACCCCAAACAAUCAAAGCUCCUCGGCAUCCUCAACGCGCCAAAGGCAGCACCAUCUACUACUCCCGCAUCUCCCCCACGAUCGACUCAUCAAUCUAACCUGCUCUCCAUGCUUGCCUCGCCACCUAAGCCCGGCGCUUCCCUCCAUGCUACGCCAUCUCCCGCAGCAACAGGGUCCGCCGACAACCACGAUGACCGCCGCAGCCGCCAACAGGCUCUCCUCGAAGCCAGCUUUGGCUCAGAGUUUGGCGCACCCCAACCCAACCUCUCCGUCCCUCCACGAUCGCACACCCACUCUGCGGCGACAUCGACCGGCACCUACCCGACUCCCAACGUCGCCCCGAUCGACAUGCCCUCGCCGCAAAACUACACCAACCCCGGCUGGCACGAGCCGCCGCAGCCGCCUCCCCAGCAACCACAGUUCAACCAAUACUCGCCCGAGGCGCCUCAGCACCGGGCAUAUGACGGCUCGCCGCAGCGUCUUGGCCAGUAUGCGUCGCCUCUUCAACAGCCGGGGCAGUUUGUUCAGCCGGGCUACCAGCAGCCCCCACAACAGUUCCUCCCCCCGGCUCCGCCCAACGGCGGCCCGGCGCCGAGCGAUCACCAGCGUGCGCUCCUCGGCACGCUGUUUGGCGCCGGCGGUGGGGCUCCCAGGCCCCAAGCCGGCUUCCCUCCCCUAGGUGCUCCCUUUGGAGCGUACCCGUUAGGACCUCAGCCCGGCAACUUCCCUCCUGGCGGCCUUCCUCCCGGCAAUCUCCCUCCCCCCGGGUUCGGACCGGGCGGGUUCCCCAACCAGUACGGUGCUCGGCCAUCUGCGACUGGGCAGUAUGGCGCUGUGCCUCCCCCGCUUCAACAGCAACGGGUGUACAGCGGAGGAUACGCGCCGCCACUGGGGGCAGCGUAUGGUGGCCCCGGGCCGCAAGGCAAUCUCCCGCCGCUGCAGCAGCAGCCUCUGGGCCCCCCUCCGGGCCUCGCUCCGCUGCCCGUCCCGCCUGCCGCGCAGCCGAUCUCGCCUUCGGCCGUGCACCAGCCUGUGCCGCGCCCGCCUGUCGGUGGCGGCCUGCUCGGGCUGAUGGGCGGGCGUUAGUGGAUGUGUGGAGGAUGUCUGGAUGUGUGGAGGUGGGGGUGGUGGAGGCCGGAGGACGCCGAGGCACAUGACUGUUUCAGAAGGAAGUACAGGUCUAUAGGGUACGAUUCCUCGUCAUGUGUAUGCAGGCGUGUGGCGCG